AUGAAUAGGUUUCCAGUGAAACCUAAAUCCCCUUCCGAUGUGCUUGUAUUUGAAGAUGCACCAAACGGAGGUAGAGCAGCAAAGGCAGCUGGUAUGAAAUGUGUCAUGGUGCCUGCCGAGAGCCAUCGGCAAGAAGCGCUUCAGAUCGGUGUUACCAAAGUGCUUCGUAGUCUCACCGAGUUUCGUCCGGAAGAAUUUGGUCUGCCGCCAUUUGACUAA